CUCACACCCAUAUACUCAAUGCAGAAAUAAAUCCCAGCGUCUCCAUGACGACCAGAACACUUUGAGUAGUAGCUGCUAAUCUCUCAACUGUUAUCCAAUUCUUACUAAUAAGAACGGAGGCUAAGGAAGACAUUAGAGGACUUAGAUCGGAGGAAGAAAUCUGUGCAUUGAGUGGAAAGGUAAAAAGAUCUUAUAAAGUUGCAUCAAAUGCCCGAGAUUACUUGCAAUGUUUACAGUGGUGUAUUUAGGUCAAAGCUUCAAGGGGAACAAAUCAUUGUCUCAUAACGUGGUCUCUUUUUCCCUGUCCCUAAUUUUUGUUUCUUCCAUCCAUCUUUCCUAUUUAUAUUCAUUUGACUGGUGCCCUUCAUUUUCUGUUUGCCUUGGUCCCCUAUCCUCAUAUUUUCUUUCUCGAACGUGAUUGAUUGAGUUUCACUGUUUGCUUGUCACCCUCGUGGUUUUUUUUGUGGUUCCUUUGCACUGGGCUUUGAUGUUCUGCAACUGAAAUUGUUGCAAACAUACAAAAUCAAACUCGUAUGGGAGUUUGUGACUGUUUGAAAGAAAUAUUGGUUUUCUGUAUGGAAACUGAAACAGUUUGUUGUCUUUCAAUCCGUGAUUACACAAUUGCAGGGCAUAUCAUUAGUGCCCAGCUAUUCUGAGCAGGGAAAAGCAAAGAAACAGAAAAUAAAUGCAAAAAAGAAUAAAGCAAAGGAAUAGAAGAUACAGAAGAAAGGGGCCAGAGAGGGUUCCUUUUUAAUUUUGGUUUGGCCUCAUUCAGACACUUGACCUAAAACUACCUGUAGUAUUGAACAUCAGGAUGGUCUUUCUUCAAUGCAGUGGAACUGUUUGGCCUUAACAGUAAUUAGGCAGCGAAGAAAGUGAACAGCCAUCAACUGUCCAUAUCACUGAUUUAGUAAAAGCCCUUGACCUGAAUUACAAAUAGAAAUUAGGAUCUAAUAAGUUCCAUGUGAAAUAUUUGGCAUUUUCAGUUACAAUAAAAUGAUAAUAAAAGCUAAGGACCAUCAAAAUUAAUAAUUAACAUUAGAUCAACAAUUAUAUAAGAUAUUAUUCAACAAUUGGAUUUAUUAAAACUUGAAAUACAACUAUUUAACAUUUGUAAAAAGUAAAUGUAAUGCCAGAGACAAAAUGAAAUCUCAGUCAAAAAGUCUUCAUUGGAAAAGAGAACACAUACAAAUUAUUUAUAAUCCAAACUGUCUAUCACGAAUAAAGUAUUUUCUACUGUGCAAUUAAAUAGUUUUGAAAAUAACAUUUAUAGGCAAAACAGGUGGACAGCAGCUUGGCCAUCACUGUUGCAACAUUUCAUUAUGGAACGUACUUAACUGCUUUUCUGGAACUUUGCCUUUCUCUAGAUCUGAGAAUUGGAGGAGAGAAAAAAGUAUCUUAGAAAGAAAAAAAAAGAAAAGUAAAAAAUAUGCUGGUUUGCAACUUGUCCUUUGCCAUCUGGAUGAUCUAUGUCAGCUCAGUAUGCAUUUACACCAAAGGCCACACUAACAAGCACAGCCAAACUAAUGAGCAAACGCAUGAUAACCUGAAGGUAUUUCUACAACCUUUGUCACCGAGUAAUCACAGUGGAUUAUCCAAGAAUCAAACAAGGAAUCUGAUUCAAAAGUUGUGGGAUCGAGUGCAAUGUACAAAAAGAAUAGCUGGUACCAAGGACCAAUGUGAGAAGUGCCUUGCGCUAGAUGUUAUUUUCUCAAUAAUAGAAAGAGAUGACAAGGAGCCACGUCUGCAGGGAGAAGCAUUUCAUAGACUUUCAGUUAUUCUUCUUUAUUAUAUUAUUUACAUGCAAGAUGUGUGUACAUUAGACACACCUCAAACAGCGAAGGACUUCAGAUUUUAUCUCAAUGCAAUUUUAAGUUUUAAGUCCGAUCAAGAUUUAAAUCAUCUGUCACAUGAUGAACUUGGCAACCUUUUGGAAAACAUUCAAGAGCAUUACACAGUUUCUUCCUGGAGUCAAUGUUUCAAUGCUGGCUGGCUGGAGGAGCAGACUGGUAUAGUGAGUCCGCUAGGUGCUGAUGAAGAAUCUCUUCCUCGACUGUCUGCUGCAAUCAUUACCUCCGUUCUGCAAGGUCACUGUAUUGGAGGCCUAAGUUUGCCCAACCCAAGCUUUUUCACUGAAUUUAUUUUCAGAUCACUAAACAAUACUACAAGUAUAAAGUUAACAGAUUUGAAACAGCUCCUUCAUCAACUGAGGUUGGGAAGAUAUUUUGAAUCACCUUCGCAUGAUCCUGAAAACGUCAGAACUGGAACAGAGCUGAUUGAAAGCUCCGGAGAAAUACAUUUUCUGAAGCAGCAAAACCAGGAUCAUCAUGAUUGUGAUCUCUUACCUGAUUAUAGCUUUUCAUGGGCAAAGGUUUGCUUCUCUGCAGACCAGCUGGUUGGAAUCUUCUUAAAUGGGAGUGAUUCUGCCAUAUCAAAAGACCACUUCGAUCAGAUCAGCCCUGCCAUUGUUCAGCAACUGCUAAGUGGAGCUUGUCAACAUGGUGGCUGGGAAUACGCACAAUCUAUCGUCCUUCCAACUAAUGCUGAGAAAUAUGGAUACAGUACGUUGGCUGUCUUGAUAAUCACAGUGUGCUCCAUGUGUGGCAUCACCCUACUGAUAUUCAACUCUUGCAAACAGACAUACCAGCUCAUCCUGCAGCUGUUUGUUGGUAUUGCAGUCGGAACCAUGUCAGGUGAUGCAUUGUUACAUCUCUUGCCACAGGUCCUCGGUCUACACACACAUGAGCAAGAAGCCACCAGCCAUUCUCAUGAAAACAAAGGAUAUAUUUGGAAAAUGUUUACUGUACUUGGAGGAAUAUAUGUAUUUUUCCUAAUUGAAAAGCUUUUUUCACUCAUCUUAACCGUUAGAGGUCAGGCAUUUGGAAAAGGACAUUUAGCACAUUCACAUGAUGUUCCAAUGGAGUCCAAUCUGAACAGUCAAUCAGAGAGAGGCAAAUCGAUUUCUACUCUGCAACUGCGAAAUCCAGAAGAUUCAGAAAAUGUUGAAAACCCUACAGACAAUGCAAUAGGCAGUAAUUCUGAAAAUGACACAAAGAAAACACUGAAUGUGUUGGCAGUUAUGAUUGUGGUAGGAGACAGCAUGCAUAACUUUGCAGAUGGAUUGGCCAUUGGUGCAGCUUUCUCAUCAUCAAUCGAGACUGGGAUCACCACGGCUAUUGCCAUAUUGUUUCAUGAAAUUCCCCAUGAAAUGGGGGACUUUGCUGUACUUCUGAACUCUGGUUUAUCAGUAAAGAUGGCUCUUCUGAUGAAUUUACUCAGUGCACUAACUGCCUUUAUUGGACUCUACAUUGGCCUUUCUCUGUCAGCUGAUCUCAAUGUUCAGCAGUGGAUUUUCACAGUGACAGCGGGGAUGUUCCUCUACCUAUCGUUAGUAGAAAUGCUUCCUGAGAUGACACAUGUACAAACAACACAGCCCUGGUUGCUGUUCAUCUUUCAGAACAUUGGAUUGCUUCUAGGAUGGGCUUGCCUUCUGCUUCUUGCUCUUUUUGAACACAGACUUAUUCUGUAAUUUUAUCUCAAGUGCUCUCAAUUAGCAAGAAUAAAUGGCUAAAAUGUCAAAAAAGUCACCGUGCUUUUGAAUCUAAAAGCAAUUCUUAGAGCGACUGGGAAGAACAAUAAUACAAAGCGUGGAAAUGAUCACUAAAAUGUAACAAUUAUUUUGCCAUUGUUUCUAACGAACAAUUUUAAUUACAAAAAUCUGAAACUGUUUUACUGAAAUCUUAGCAGUAUCUGUGAUAACUUCACUCAUAAAUUGUUGCAUUUGCUAAACUUGAUUUAUCAUAUUUGAAACAAAAUAACUGGUAAGAAUUAGUGUGUUGCAAAAAAUAACAGCGAGUACAAUAUUAAUAUAUUUGGCUAUUUUUUAAGAAUGAAGCGUAUUAAUUUCUAAUUUGAGUAGUUAUCAAAUUAUUCUGUUUGAUCGGUCAUGCCAAAUAAUGUUUUUAAAACAUAAUUCUUUUGGUGAGGAACAUAAUAAAAUAUAUUUAUCUAAGAUGAGCUUUUUAGUUUUCUGGAAUUAAAUAAAUGCACUUA